AUGUCUACCAAACACAACAAAAAGGAUGCUUCCGCUCGAGAUUCAUCAGUCUCGGCUCGAGAAAUGCCAGCUCAAGGUCCUCGGCUAGGAUACUUUAUCGUUCGCAAGUCGGGUGAGGUGGUGCCACUAGUGGCGGUUGAUGAGUUACCGCUAGGCGUGGAUUUGGUGGGGGUCCCGAGGUGUCUGGAUUUGGUGGAGACGGGGGGGAUGUUGAAUUUGGGGUUGCAGGGUGAUGUAUGUCCUAGUGGAGGGGGGUUUUAUAGAUUGGUUGGGUUGGAGGAGGAUGAUGAUGAGGGGGAGGCUAGUGGGAAUGGAGAUGGAAUUGCGGGGAGUAGUGGAUCCAACACGGCGGUCUCCAGUCCUCUUCUCCUACCCGUCCGAUCCUCAACAUUAACUACACCCGCGAGCGCACACAAUAAAUCCCAAUCCCCAAAAUCACAAUCGCAAUCAAAAUCCUUGCCCGGUCUCGCAUCUUCAAUCUGGGCUCCUGCUUCUUCGCUUCCUAGUCCUCGCAUAAACCAAAAUUCAUCUACCGGGACGUUAGGAAUACAGCAAGCACAACAGACACAACAGACGUGCAGACACUGGUGUACACAUAAUCGCAGAUGUAAAUGGGGUGAGCAUUGUCGGUAUAAACAUGAAAUGCCCAGAACAAGAUUUGAAUUAAGGUUGAUUGGGUUGAGUGAUUGGCCAGGUUGGUUUAAGGCGGAAAAUUUGGGAUUUUUCCCGGCGUUUGGUGUCGGUAGGGGGGCUGAGAGGUUGAAGAGUGGGGAGGGAGGUGUAGAUGUGGGGGGUGGAAUGGAGAGGAAGGAGAGGGAGAGGGGGGAGAGAGGUGGUGUGGGGAGAGAUAAGGAGCGGGCGAUGGGUGUGGGAAUUGGAAUGGGAGUAUCGGAGGGUGAGACGGUAAUGGAGAGAUUGAGGAAAAUGGAGAAGUUACUUAGGGUUAAGGGGGUAGUUGCGUUGAAGGGUAGGGAAAGGGAUGAGAAGAAAGGGGAGGGCAAGAUGAGAGAUGAGAAGAAAACUAGGGAGAAGGAGAAGGAGAAGCUUAAGGAGAGAGAAAGGGAGGAAAAACUUGAUAUCAGAAAAGCAGAGACGAAGAAGGAGAGGGGGAGGAUUAGAGGGGAGAAAAUAAGGGAAAAGGAUGUUACGGGAAAGAUUAACAGGGGUGAUUUGGAGGGAACGAGAAAGUGGGAAGAUGAGAGUGAGGAUAUUAGUGAGGAUGAGGGGAAGGUGGAGAUAAAAGACAAGGGGGGCGAGAAAGGGGGUAAGAGGGAAGGUUCUGGUGGGGAAAAGGAGAAGCUGGUUGAUGUUUGA